GACUCUAACAUACACACUGUUGUGGUUGUCCUGAGAACAAGGUUGAUCGCAGCACAUGUUGAUGUGUUGAAUACGUGAGCAAAACGAGAGAUUUCAUCAUACGGACAUUUUGGAGUACUCCAGAGAAGAACUCACAAAUCACAAGAUGGGUCGUCGCCGCUCAAAGAGGAAGCCUCCUCCUAAGAAGAAACUAGUAGGAACGCUGGACACUCAGUUCACGUGUCCCUUCUGCAACCACGAAAAAGCCUGCGAAGUCAAAAUGGAUCGGACCAGACAGAUUGGAGUCAUAUCCUGUAGAGUUUGCUUGGAGGAUUUCCAGACCAGUAUCAAUUACUUGACAGAGCCAGUGGACGUGUACAGCGAUUGGAUUGAUGCUUGCGAGUCAGCCAAUGGGUAGCGAACGGGGACCCCCGUUAGGGGGAGCGGGCUGUCGAUACCUGCUGGAUCAUAAAAGCAUGGAUUAUUUUGCUGCAUGUAUAUACGCACAAAGUGCGUGUAGUACUUUCGUUGAAUGUAAAGCCCAUUUUUCUUUUGUGAAAAUUUAGAUCCCCCCCAAAAAAAUCUACUUAAGUGGAUGCAUGUGUUUCAGAAAUAAGAGAUGGGGUCCUAACAUUUUCCAAACAAAAGGCCAGAAUUCCAGAAAUCUACCGACCUCUUUUUGAAUAUUCUUCAUUUGUAAAUUAUUAAAUUUAGGUUAAGAAUUGUUUGUUAGAACUGGAAUUCCCAUUUAUUUCCAUUCAAAAAUACCCGAGACAGUUUACUCAUUCCUAUUGGUCGAGAGCCCGUCUCGUGGGUGGUUUUUAACCGAAACCACUGAAAAAACACCGCUGUGUUCUGCUCCACAUCGCAUUACGCGCCAUGCGCGCCAAUCUCCAUAUAAGGAGAUUCAUAGCACUACGUGCCUGAGGGACGUACCAUGGACAGAGGGGUGUUUCACAAAACAAGAAGGAAAAUUGUUGAACAAAAUCGUUCCAGUUUGGGCAGUUUUUGUGUGUGUGCUUAUUGUGACUUUUUAACCAAAAAGGUAUUUGUGAAUGGGAAUAAAUAUGCGUUUGGCCGCUUUUAACCAAGUACAUUAACUACUUAUUUAAAACCAGUUAGGGUCCUGGUUGCCGAUAAUGGCCUGACCUGAAAGCGCUAAGCACAUAUUUAUUCCCUUAAGAAUAACAAUCAAGAAAAAAUUUUAACACAUGAAAUAAACUGCUUUUUUUUCCAAAUGAACUUAAGGAACCAAAGAAAUUCCAAAGAACUAAGUAAAAUUGGGAUCUUUUUCGGCUAUUAAUUGCAUUUCGCAGGUAGCAUACACCAGAUGUAGACACUGUAAAUUAAAUUAUGGCGGUCACGGUUUGUGGGAAAUUCCGAGCAAUAAAAUGCCGAUUUGGAAACGCAGUUCAUUAUGACGGAGCAUUUGUGACCAAAAGUUUAGAAAUAUUAAAGCUCAUGUAAAUGGUUGUUAUAUUUUAAUGUUUAUUUUACAAGCAAAAAAAUAUUAGUAACUGAAAAGUUUGGAAUUUUAACGAUUUUGCUUUUGGCUUUUAUGGUGGGGGGUUCUGUCACGCCUGAACUUAAGACAAAUAUACAAAGGCUAAAGCUAGGAAACUGGCAGUCGAUGCCCCCGUUACAUUCUUGGCCUUACGGGGUUGAAAUUACAAACUUUGCAAAUUGAAGGAUAAAUACAUAUUUAAGAUUUGUGUUCAAGUUAUAGAAAUUCUGUCCUCAAUUUUAAUGUUAUAUUGUUUGUUUUUCAAGCGGCAUUGUUUAAUUUCUUGACAUUAAAAUAAAAGCCAAGACGGAACGUAUUCAAAACAGAUGGUGGUUUCACACCACCAGCAACACUUGUAUUUUGUAAUUUUCGCUGGUAGAACAAACAGAAAACUUGACCAAGCAUGUAACAUUACUAAUUGGAUUUAUUGAUCCAGUGUUGGUCUGGUUGACAGAAUAAAACCAAAAUAGUUGUAUCACUUGAGAUAUAUUGCGGAUAUACAUUAAUAACUUUCAGGCAUAUCUGAAGGAAAUUGUGAAAUCAUUCAUCAAUCAAAACCCAGACAUAUUUUCUGUGCAUAAAAAUAACUUCCAAAACUGCUUGUAUCAAGCCUCACCUUGUCUAACUGAUUAUUCAUUUACAAGAUUGAUUUUUGAAGUUGUACAGUUGUAAAACUCAAAGUUACACCUAAAUACAAAAUUGUUAAUCACAAUAUUUGUCAUUUUUCAAUUUCAAUUUGAGCUGUUGACAGCUAAUUCCGUAUUUUUUUUCUUGGAACGCUUACAGUAGUAUUAAUCCUGUAAGGAAAGUGCUGUCAGUAAUCUUACAAUUAAACAUAUAAACAACUACCAAAAAGGGCAACUAAUUUGUCAAAUUUUAAUUUACUAAUGUAAUUGACUGCUGGUAUCAAUUGCAGAUAUAUGUAUAAAGUCUUCAAAUCGCAAAAAAAUUGAUAUGAUUUGAAGAUUAAAUAAUGUUAUGGACAUUUUGUUUUAAUGAAAAAAAAAUAGCACAAUUUAAGAUU